AUCCUCUCCCCCAAUAUCAAAAUGGAUUACCAGACCAUUUUGCUAGCUCUUUUGUUUACCUCCACUUUGAUCCUCAUUAGCUUCUAUCCCUUUCAUGGCCGGAAAAAGCUUACACCACCGCCGCCGCCAGGGCCAGUUCCCUUACCCAUAAUAGGAAACCUUCACCUGCUAGGAAACCAACCUCACAAGUCCCUUGCCUUACUAGCCCAAAAAUACGGUCCUGUUAUGCGCCUCAAACUGGGCAUGGUAAACACCGUCGUCAUUUCUUCAUCCGCCAUGGCCAGAGAAGCUCUGCAGAAACAAGACUUAGCCUUCUCUAGCCGCACAACUCCCGACGCUCUGAGCAGUCUCAACCGCCGCACGCCGUCCGUGUUUUGGCUCCCGGUCGCCGCCAAGUGGCGAUCCCUCCGCACGAUCAUGAACACCACCAUAUUUUCCGGCAGCAAGCUCGACGCCAACCAGGAGCUGCGGGCGAGAAAGAUACGUGAGCUUAUAAUGUACUGCCGGAAGAAGGGCCGUGCAGGGGAAGCGGUGGAUAUCGGGCGUGAAGCUUUCAAGACGACCCUGAAUUUGCUGGCUAACACCAUCUUCUCCAAGGAUUUAACUGACCCCAAUUCGGAUUCCGCCAUGGAUCUCAAGAACUUGGUGUGGAAUAUAAUGGAGGAAGCUGGAAAGCUCAACCUGGUUGAUUAUUUCCCCUUCCUUGGAAAGCUUGAUCCCCAAGGAAUCAGGCGGCGCAUGUCUCACCAUUACACUGAAACGGUUUCCAUUUUCAAAGAUCUGAUCGACCAACGGCUGGAAGAUCGGAAAGUGGACGGAAACAGAAAUGGUGAUGUUUUAGAUUCACUCCUGGGCAUCAGCGAAGAGAAACCGGAGGAGUUUGAUAGAGGUCAAAUUGAGCGCAUGUGCUGGGACUUGUUUGUUGCUGGGACCGAUACGUCUUCGAGCACAGUAGAGUGGGCAAUGGCAGAACUUUUGAAAAAUUCAGAAGCCAUGGCGAAAGCUCAAUCUGAGCUUGCAGAUGUUAUUGGCAAAGGGAAGCUAUUGAAUGAAGGUGAUGUUGCUCGUCUUCCUUACUUGCAAUGCAUUGUGAAAGAAACAUUUAGGUUACAUCCGCCAACUCCAUUGUUGAUCCCACGUAAAGUUGAACAAGAUGUAGUGUUGUGUGAGUAUACUAUUCCUAAAGGCUCAAAGAUCCUGAUAAAUGCAUGGGCAAUCGGGCAUGACACUAAUCUUUGGGAUAAUCCGUUUGUCUUCAAUCCCGAGAGGUUCUGGGAUUCAAAAAUUGAUGUUAGGGGACAAGAUUUUGAGCUCAUUCCAUUUGGAGCUGGUAGGAGAAUUUGUCCGGGGUUGCCAAUGGCAGUGAGAAUGGUUCCAGUAAUGUUAGGGUCAUUGUUGAACUCGUUCGAGUGGAAGAUUGAAGGAGACAUAACAUCGGAGAAUUUGGACAUGGAGGCCAAGUUCGGGAUGACAUUGGCUAAAGCUCAUCCCUUUCGAGCCAUACCUAUUCCCAUCAUGUGAAUUGUACUUCAAUUUUAGAUAUAAAUAUCAAGAAUGACGAUCAUUGUUGAACAUUAUUUUCUCUAUCAAUUUUUAAAAACU